AUGUUGCAUAUUACUCCCUUUCUGCAGCGGAAAUCGAUUCAAUCGUACCCUGUUCCACCCAAAAUUCGCCAAUUUACACGUCGCUGGAGUAGUUCUAGGACGAAUUCGUACAACCGUCAGUAUUGGCGAGUGGUGAUGAACGAAAAUCACGCACGCCCUUCUUUUUGGGUAUCUGAUUUCCGUCAUCGAUAUCUUAUGCGAACAGGAACUGAUUAUCAAGGUCAAGUACCUACUACACCACAACCAGGCCUUUAUCAGGGUUUCAGUGAUGUUCACAAGAUAUUGGCAAAUCAUCCAAAGCCUCAAAGAGAAUCUCGUCAUCUUCCGGUUAUGCCGAUGACCCCACGUGUUGUUUAUGAACACAUGUGUGAGAAAAAAAUUGAUACCGCUAAGAAAAUGCGUAGUGAUAGAAGAAAAGUUGAGCAGUUAAAAACUUUAGAAUUUUGGGGAUGGUACAUGAAGUUACAACGUGUUCGUGGAAGAUGGUGUCGGGAACAGGGAGUUUCUAGUCGUGGUGUUUACGGCCCUGCUGUAGAUGCAGCAGAGUUAUGGGGUUAG